AUGACCGAGUUUGACCGCCAGCCUUUUACGGAAGAAGAUGUUCGACUCGCGCGCCUCCAACCAACAAACGUUAUUUGCUCCUCCCCUCUUCAUGGCGUCCUAAAACAGAAGGACGUCAACUACGUCAACACUCUUUUACGUUCGAAGGUCCUCCUCGACUCUGCCGCUGCCAAAAUUGACAUUUGGGUCCGUCAGCGUCGUACCGCCGUCAACGGCGAUCAUGCCCACGACAUGGUCAUCAUUGACAAGAAGGCAACUCUUCUUCCUACCGAGUUCUCCGUGAGUGUCCUUGUUUGUGAUCGUGGUAGUCGAACCUCUCCUGCGAUCCAGACUGCUGACAGAUUGUCUUGUCAGGGUUCGAAAUUGGUGAACAAGGAGAAGUUCCCCGCGACCUGCUUUGCUCCGGUGGAAGAGACGCAUCUUCCUUGUUGUACGUGCGUGGAUGGAGAUCACCCUUGCGUCAUAGCCCCGGUCGUUGUUGGCAAGCCCUUGUGCACCAAGUGCGCGCGUUGCAAAACCGAUUCGCUCGAAUGCAACAUCAACAACAAUGGUACGUCGUGCUUGCUCGUCAUCAUACUCUGCUUCCCUGCUGACUUCAAUUGUCGACCUUGUCUUAGUUGUAUGGCGCAGGAUCAACUUGGACGUCGACAAGGGUCGGCCUGGCGUGCUGAAGUCGCUUUACUCCGCACUCAUUCUUUUUCAUCAUCGGCAGGAAGGGAAGUGGCCUCCGGCGGCGCGCUUGACAAAUCUUGACUGGACUUCGAUGAUGUAUUACAACAAGGUACCCUGGGUCGAUUACAGUCGGCUCGAGUAUUGCAGCAUCCGCGCCGAGGACAAGGCGAUCAACUUUCCUUGCGAGCUCCAUGCUCGUUUUGGCAUCGAAGUCAGUCCCUCGACUUUGAAGAAACUGCCAAACGGGGCUAGGGCGCGGUUGCUGGAGAUCGAAGCCAGGAAGGAGAAGGCUGUGCGCGACGCCGCUUUCUUGGAACUUUGUGCGGCGCAAAUCGUGACAAAUCACAAUGCGGAACUGGAGCAACACCCGGAAGUUCUCACGAGCGACCCUUCGGCUCUCUUUUUGUAUGUUGCAACUAGCUUUGACAAGGUUUGAGCGGAAGACGUGGGGGAGCUCACUCGUGUGCCGCAACAACACAACCCCAGCGGCGCAAACCCUUAUCCCUGGCGCGUCAAGAGGUUGGAGCAAAAGAAGAAGGCUUUGCCAAGUCAAGGGCAGUCUUCCCCUUGA